ACGUGUUGUAUAUCCUAACACUAUAUUUAGACACCACCAAGGUUUUGGUCCUUCAAACUUGUCUCUUGGUUAGCCAUUACAACAUUCACUAACCAUAUUCACACUCCUGCUUAGCCAAAAAUACUCAUGGAUACUAAGAGCUUUGGCAAAUGGUAUCCGGUUCUUCUAAUGAUUGUCAUCCAGUUCACCUUCGCAACCGUUAAUGUACUUCUCAAGAAGGUUAUAGUCGAUGGACUUGACCAUCUCGUUUUUAUCACCUAUCGCCUGGGUGUUGCCGCGAUCUUUUUGGCCCCGGUAGCCUUCAUUUUUGAAAGGAAGAGCGAAACGAAGCUUACAUACAACAUAUGUUUCCACCUUUUCUUGAAUGCGAUUCUCGGGGCAUCUCUCACACAGUACUUGUUCCUUGUGGGUAUACAAUACACAUCAGCCACUUUCGCUUGUGCUUUUCUAAACAUGGUGCCUGUGAUCACUUUCAUCAUGUCAUUACCCUUUGGGUUGGAAAGUGUGAACAUAAAAUCAAAUGGUGGAAGAGCAAAAGUGAUAGGGACAUUAGUUUGUGUAGGAGGUGCAACUUUACUGACCCUCUACAAAGGGAUGCCUUUAUUUAACAAUUUUUCACAUAUGCAAGCCACCAAUGAAUCCAUCCAUGUUGAAUCUAUUAGAAGGCUAAGUUCAGUUUUAGCAACCAAGAAAGCAAGAUGGACUUCAGGUACCUUGGCAUUGGUUGCUGGUAUAGUUCUGUGGUCUUCAUGGUUUCUUGUCCAAUCAAGCAUCGGAAAAAGAUACCCGUUGCAGUAUUCCAGCACCGCGAUCAUGAUGUUCUUUGGUGCGAUCCAAUCGUUUGCGUUAAGCUUGUUCAUCCAUAGAGAUCUUUCUUUAUGGAUUCUUAAAGGGAAAUUGCAAAUCUUUAGUGUCCUUUAUAUUGGGAUUGUCGGAUCCGGGCUAUGCUUCGUUGGGAUCUCUUGGUGUGUGAAGAAACGGGGUCCAGUUUUCGGUGCAGCAUUCAGUCCUCUUGUCCAAAUAAUAGCAGCCGUAAUCGACAUUCCAUUUCUACAUGAACCAUUGCAUAUCGGAAGUUUAAUUGGAUCGGCUAUUGUGGUAGCAGGACUCUACAUUCUCCUGUGGGGAAAGAACAAAGAACUGCAAAUCCCAGAAAAUGAAAAGGUCAAUGUUCAAGAUCUUGAGUCUCAACCAUCUGCAAUAGUUUGUAAUUCAAAGGAUCCAAAAACAUUAGAAAGCUAAGUCACAACUUAUGUACUAAGAACUUGUUCAACAGUGUUGAUAAGGCGAUUAAGAUCGUGUAAUUCUAAUAAAUAUAGAUUAUAUAGUUACCCUUAUGGCCUUCUAACUAUUA